AUCUGAAAUUCCAAAAGUUUUAGAAAGCUUAAUCCUUCAGAUGUUUUGGUCCGUGAUUCCCAUAACUUUUUACUAUUAGCCAUGCUGCAUGGGACUCAUAGGUAUUAUAGGCCACAUGUUGGGCCAGAGGUUUCCUAUUUCAGCUGCAUGCUAUAGGCCAGUGAUGGCGAACCUAUGGCACGCAUGCCAGAGGUGGCACUCAGAGCCCUCUCUGUGGGCACACAUGCUGUCACUCUUAACACAGAGUUUGCCAGAGUUUCUUACUAGAAAGCCAGAGAGAUGUGGCACUUUGCAAUAAAUAAGUGGGGUCUGGGUUGCAGUUUGGGCACUCGGUCUGUAAAAGGUUCACCAUCACUGCUAUAGGCACAAAUGGGAAGAAAACCAUGGCACUGGGGCAAGAGAUGCCACUAGGAGAAACAGGGCUCAGCAGGUGUAAUGUCUGUUGACAGAAGGGGGCAUGGGGUUAGCUGGCUCAAACUGAUAUUCUUCCUAUCUUUCUGUGUCUCUCCCUUCCCUUGUGCUGUUGUUAGGUUCAUGUACUGGACUGACUGGGGCAUGUCUGCAAAAAUCGCCAAAAGUGGCUUGAAUGGAGUGGACAACUUUUCCUUGGUGACAGAAGGUGUCCAGUGGCCUAAUGGAAUAACACUUGACUUAGUCAACCAGCGCCUCUACUGGGUAGACUCCAAGUACCACUCGGUCUCCAGCAUUGAUGUGGAUGGAGGAAACAGGAAGACCAUCCUUGUGAACGAGGAGAAAUUGGCUCACCCUUUUGCCAUCACAGUCUUUGAGGUGAGGCACAAUAUGCCUGAAUGCACUUGGUGAAUGUCUGUAGUCAAGAGAUGGAGCUUCAGGUUGAGAAUGUUGCAUUUGAGAGACUGAAUGAGCUCCUCUCUUCUUUCCCCUGAUUUGUUGCAAAACAUGCCCCUCUCCUCACCAAAAUUAUUGCUUAUCCAUUGUUGCUCCCUUUCUGCAAAAUGUCUGCUCUCUCUGUAUAAUUUCUCUUUUGGCAAGAUGAAUGUAGUUGCUUUGAAACUUGAAAUCUUCGGAACAACUGCUUCUAACUGUUUCUCUGGUUGGGACUUGGAAUAGCAGCUUACAAUUGCAGCAGUACAUUAACUGGGUUUAAUACUGCAGAAGCAGAACAGCAGG